UUUUUUCCGUUUCCGAAAUAUUCGGCUCAUGGAAUACAUGUUCAGAACAUGGACUUUCGUAUAUGUUUGAAGAACAAUCAUGUAACUGGUUGGAGGCUGAUAAGCAAUGUGAAGAGGCAGGGGGAAUUUUAGUGACUGAUAUACAUGACUGUAUACUUAAAAAGCUUACUCAAGAAGUUAGGUAUUUCAUUGGAGGUAAUAAAUCCUCCUCUGGAAUAUGGACAUGGAUAGAUGGUUCUCCAAUUAACCAGACUCACUGGUUUCCAGGCGAGCCUAAUAACUCUGGAGAAAAAGAGUUUUGUUUACAAAUGUGGUUGGAAAGUGAUACCGUUUACUGGAACGACAUCUCUUGUGAUAGCAAAAUUUCUGGAGGAUAUGUUUGUCAGAAGACAUCAGUCAUCACAGAAACAACGUCACCAAGAAAAAGCGAGCAACCAACAACACUACCAACCGAAGAGACAUCUGUAAAAUAUAAUGGUACAACUACUUCACAUUGUGAUGACUUACCUCACCAUGAACUGCAUGUGGAUUGUGUUUCAAAUAUUGAGAACAUUAAUGGAAAGGUUGACUCAGUCCUUAGAGGAAACUCAUCAAAGAAAGAAAUAGAGCUGGUGAUUCACAAUGCACUACACAAAUUACAAGAAAUUUCAAUCAACCAUGAGCAAACUCAGUAUGAUAUGGAAAGUUCCAUAAACUUAUUAGACAAAAUUCUGGAUGCCUACAUCGAGUUGAAUGUUUCACUUCCAAGUACAGUGAUUGUGACAACACUUGACAACUUACUAGCUGAAAACUUAACAGCUGCAUGGAAAAAAACUUCCACAAAACAGGCCAAUUCAAGAGUCAAUAAAAUCUUCAGAAUGGUAGACAAAUUUGGCCUACAUGUCUUACAGACCAUCAAGGAGAACGACAGCAUCACAUAUAACUCAACAAAGAAUAUGGUGUUUACGGUGGCAAAGAUUCCAGCAGAUCAAAAUGUAAUUUUUCCGGAAAAUGAAAACAUCUUAGGUUCAUCGCUAGUGCUUCCAGUGCAGGGUCAUGGUUCUAAUCAAAAUAUACCGUACCUUGCGGUGAAAUACAAAACACUGGGAGCCUUCAUUAAAAACAAAAAUAGAAGUAAAGAAAAUGCAGGAUACAGAAUUUCGUCUGAUAUAUUGUCAUUAACACUUAAUGACCCUUUACUAGAAGGAGCAUUAGACCCUUCAUUGCAUUUAAAAUUCCUCAAACAGGAAAAUUUCAACAAUUCUAUCAGCGAAUGUGCAUUUUGGGAUUUUGAUCACAAUAACGGAGAUGGUGGUUGGUCGACGAGAGGAUGUAAAUUACAAUCUGCAAAUGGUCGUUAUUUUCACUGUGAAUGCAACCACUUGACAAAUUUUGCAGUGCUGGUGCGACCAUAUUCAAAGACUCUAGACGAAGAAGAGGCAUUGAGUUGGAUAUCUAUAAUUGGUUGCUCGAUAUCAGUGUUUUUGUCAUUGCUAACGGCCAUUGUUUACAUCGUUUUUUGGAAAUCUAUCACUUGUGAUGUCAGCAGAAUGGUAAAUAAGAUCACUGUGCUUCUUUGUCUCAGUAUUGCCAUGGCUUACACAAUAUUUCUACUAGGAGUUGAUAAGAUCCGGUAUAAAGUCGGGUGUAUUGUGAUUACAGCGUUUUUACAGUAUCUGUUCCUGUUCGUUUUCUUCCUCAUGCUGGCCCUUGGAUUGUACUAUUUCAGUAGCAUCUCAUUGAUCAAAAUAUCAUUUUCUAAAGCAACGGCAUUUCAAAGUAAAUCCAGUUUCUUCAGUAAAAUCAUUUGGGGAGUUGUAGCUGUUAUGCCAGCGUGUAUAACCGCAGUUACAUUUGGAGUUAUUUUUUUCCUGGACAAAGACUACAAUUCAAAAAACAGUUGCUGGUUAUCAUUUGAAAGUGGGGCUUUGUAUGGCUUCGUUGGACCUGUAGCUUGCAUCGUUCUGAUCAAUAUUGUUAUUGUUAUAGUCCUCUCAGUGACACUAUGUUCAAUAGGAUUCUCACCACAAGACAAAGGGAGGAAAAAAAUAUUGGCCGGAAUAAGGUCCAUCUGUACCCUUUUACCUGUUCUUGGAGUGACCUGGUUGUUUGGUCUACUGUCCAUUAAUGAUGAUGUGGUCGUGUUUCAGUAUAUAUUCUCUCUGUUGAACUCCUUCCAGGGGCUUUUCAUUUUCAUCUCCAAAUGUCUUCUAAGCAAAAAGAUCAGGAGGUCGCUUAGUAAGUGCAUACACAAAAAAGGUUCAGAAAAUUGGAGAAGUAGGCUUUAUUCAUUACUUAGCAACAAUAUGUUGUCCAUGAACACAAAGGAGUUCUCAUCGGUGUCUAAAAUCCAACCUGAAGGAGAAGAAUGUACUAGCAAACUUAGAAAAGGGAAUCUCAUUAAGGGUAUUUCGUUCAAGGGUAGAGAGAGUGUCAAUACAUCUCUUUGACAAUACAGAACAGAUCAAAAGAACCUAAAAUCAUGAACUAUAAUAUAUAGAUUACUACAUCAUCUCUAUUACAGACUUCAUACUUUGUUAAUACAUAACUGUUGAAACCAUUCAAGGUAGCGUAGUAAUAGCCCCCUCGCUUCGUGGUCCAAAGAUCUGGUUCGAUUCUCGUUUGCCAUGCAGCAUCAAAUCUAAGACGAUUAGCACUCAGCUAGACUGUUUUAGUGCUCUCUUUCAUACUUUUUGAUAAUGUCAAACAUAGAUCUAUGUUUGAUAACAUUUAACUAUGAGGGAGAGCAGAGGACAACAAGACAAAAAUGAACAAAGAAUUAUUUAAUUUUAAAAAAAACAUAGAGACUUGAGCAAGUCUAGCACUCAGCAUUAGAAGCGCAAUUUAUGUCUUUUUGAUUAAACCUUUAAAACAUAGAUUCUCUGUCAUAGCGGGUGUUGGCAUGAAAAAGAACCUUAUUGCUUAAAGGCCCUGAGUGCCGAGUAAAGAUGUAACUUGAAGCUAUUUUUUGGUAAUUGUUGACACCUCAUAUGAGAAAAAACAUCGAGGGGAUGCAAAACACUCAAUCAUAACUGUUUUUAUGCAGUUUUGAUGUUUGAAAUUUCAAAAUUCAUGAUUGUUUAAAAGAAACAUUUUUAAAUUGUAUACGCCUCCAUUAAGAUUAAAUAAGUAUACUUCCUGCACACUUAAAUUGCUGCAAAGGUAAUUUCUAAUGAUUCAUCUGCUGAAAUUACAAUGAUUGAAUAUCAAAAAUUGUAAUUGCUUACAUGUAACUGGAAUAUCUUUAAGUAUUUUUAAGUAUUUUCAAAUGCAUUUUUGUUUUUAAAGUGUUUCAAGGAAUUUCAUGAAAUUCUAAAAAUUGAAAAUGUCGCGUAUGUCUAAAUCCAAAUCAAUAUAGCUUGAGGUUCUUUAAGCAUUUGAGAACACAGUCUUGGAAACAAUAUUGUUAUUGCGUAUUAACAAGAAAAUUGUUGUUAGAGCAGCAGCUAGGGUAACUAGCAUAUGGCUCUGUCCAUAGCCCACUGUCUUGAAUCGUAUCUAGGUAUUUGAAAAAUCGAAUAUUAAUCUUUGUUUAUUUUAUUUCUAUUUAAAUUGUGCUAAUUGAAAUGAUAUGUAAAAUGUAAUGGAGCUUUGACCUCAGGAAAUGUUGACAAACUGUAAAAGUUUUCAUUUUACAACAAUUGUUUUUGAGCAACCAACUCUUCUGUGUACUUUAUGUGUGCGUGUGUUUAAAAUUUCUUUAAAUAUUAUACACUGAAAUGUGAUAUGCAUUUUAUGCAAUCUUUAUAUAGCGCAUGCAUAAACUCUUCAUGAAUAAACGAAUCAAAUCCUCAAUGUUUUCAAUCAAUGAUUUUGAAGAAUUUAAUAUGCUGCUUUGCUGUUUCUUAAAACUUGUACCUCAGUAAUGCAUCUAUUGUUGUAGAUAAAAGCACCAACUUGAGUGAAAUUCACACACAGUUUCUAAAAAAUUGAUGGAUUUUUUAAAUGAAAGAAAUGGAUACAUUAAUGAAGAAAAAGUACAAUACUUAGAUUUAAUGGUGAAAUAUUAUGGGAUUAUUUAUCAUAUAAUUUAUGCAUUGAUAUACCCCUAGCCGAAUAAUCAAUCGAAACAAAGUUCUUUCUGGUAUAGUGAAAUGCUUAAUGUACCAAGAGCACUCAGUUGUGUGUU